GAAACAGGCGCCAUUGUGGUUUAAACAUGAAAGCGCGAUUAGCCUGCUCACAAUAGAUGAUUUUGAGCCAACAUGGCGUCUAGACAGUAGAGUUUCAUUACAGUUCAUGCUGCUACGGUGGACUAGACGAGCAUAAUAACAGAUUUCCAAACUCAGACAAGGUAGACAGGAGAUCCAAAGGAUGGCGCGGGUCGUGUUCCUCCAUCCAGACCUUGGUAUUGGUGGAGCAGAGCGACUGGUGGUCGAUGCUGCUGUUGCUCUGAAGUCUCAGGGAUGUGGCGUUCAGAUAUGGACGGCCCAUUACGACCCAACACACUGCUUCUCUGAGACCCUGGACCCAGAACUGCCUGUGGUAUGUGUGGGUGACUGGCUACCCACCAGUGUGUUUGGUUACCUGCAUGCCCUGUGUGCCUACCUGAGGAUGAUCUACGUGGCACUCUAUCUGGUCUUCCUCAGCGGAGUUGAGUACGAUGUCAUCUUCUGUGAUCAAGUGUCAGUGUGUAUCCCGGUGUUGCGACUGUCCCGUCGCAAGAAGAAGGUUUUGUUUUACUGUCACUUCCCAGACCAGCUGCUGACCCAGAGGAAGUCAGCCUUGAAGAAGCUUUACCGCACUCCUAUUGACUGGCUGGAGGAACGCACCACUGGCAUGGCUGAUAUGAUUCUAGUAAACAGCCAGUUCACCGCAGGCAUCUUCAGCGAGACCUUUCGUGGUCUAAGAGGAGUCCAGACAGAUGUCCUCUAUCCCUCCCUCAACACGUGUACCUUUGACCAGCAGUCCAGUCAAGCACAAGGCCUGGGAGGGCUGCUCCCUGAGGGAACCUCCUUCCUGUUUCUCUCUCUAAACCGAUACGAGAGAAAGAAGAACCUGGGGCUGGCUCUGGAGGCUCUUGCAUUCCUGAGGUGCGGCCUUCCUCUAGGCAAGCGAGCAGGUAUUCACCUGGUGGUGGCGGGGGGCUACGAUGACCGAGUUACAGAGAAUGUUCAACAUUAUACUGAACUGAAAGAGCUAGCAGCGCAGCUCCACUUGGAGGACUGUGUCACUUUCCUUCGCUCCCCCACUGAUUCACUAAAGGUGGCGCUGCUGCGGGGCAGCACAGCCGUGCUGUACACCCCGAGCAGAGAGCAUUUUGGGAUUGUUCCCAUAGAGGCCAUGUACUGCUGCUGCCCUGUUAUCGCGGUGAACUCUGGGGGCCCCCUGGAGAGCGUGGCAGACGGGGAGACGGGCUUCUUGUGCGAGCCCACGGCAGAAGCCUUCUCUAAGGCCAUGGAGAGGCUCGUUAGGGAGCCACAGCUCUGCAGGGACAUGGGCCAAGCUGGGAGGAAGAGGGUGCAAGAUAAAUUUUCUCUUCAGGCCUUCUCCGACCAACUGUACGGGUACAUUGUCAAGCUGAGCAAGUGAUGUGAAGGCUGGAGGAGAGGCAGGAGACAGGUGGAAAAAUGAUCCUCUACUGAACUGUGAAUUGUCUGUGGACGAUUGGGGCCUGCAGUGAGGUGAUGUGGAUGUCUUCUAACAGGGAAUGUAUGUGUAAAUGUGCAGGGAGGUGGGGGGGGGGGGUUAUGAGGACUCAGAGGACAAUCAGCAUUCCCCUGGAGGGGUUGCUGAGAGGGAAAAAAAAGGACGGAAUCUCUGAACCAAUUAAGAAAAGAGUAACGAGUUUACCUACCCUAUCUCUGGAAAGGAAACCACACCUGCAAAUGUGUACGUGGGUGUGUGUAAUUGUACAUGUGUAGCAGCACUGCAACCAAGAGCCUAGCAAAUUAAGUGAAAUGUUUUGCACUGUGUAUGUUUUUUUUUUUUCUUGCUUUGCUGCAGUAGUCUUUGUCUUUGUGUUUGGGGGAUGAAGAAGAAGAAUGUAUUUACCACCAUGUGCCAUCAGGCAGUGCACAGUCCCAGAUCGAUAAACAGGAUGCUUUCCGCUACUUCCUGUCUGCCCAGAGCUUUGUUCCUGUCCUCGCAUUCAGAAGACGCUGGCCUGUUCAUGACUCUUGCUGCCACAUGGAGGUUAUUAGCAGAUGAUAGAGAGUGUUUGGCUUUAUUAGAGGUCUGGUUGAUGGGCAGUGUGGCUUUGUCUGGGUCAUUAUCAACGAGGGGAAUAGCAGAAGGUCGUUGUGUCUGCACGCUGGCCUUCUCAGCCCUCCUACUGUAUAGAAAUGCUCUUAUUGACAUUCCUGAAGUCUUAAUAAACAAGAAGACACAUACA